CAGCAUCAACUUUCUAUCUCUGCCGAUUUUAUCUUCUCUCUCUAAAAUCCCUAAAUUAGGGUUUCAUUUAAAGAAAUUUCCCUUCGCCAGCAGAGAUUACACACAAAUUCUUUUAAUCCACCGGCUAAGAAAGCAAGACAGUGAAGAAAAACAGCUCUAUCCGGGACCUCAUUAUGCAUCUGUUUCGCGACUAUUCUAAUUCGGCGGAGGUUGAGGCGGCAGCGAAGCCCUUCUGAAUUGGGGGACUUGAGGCCUUCUGUUUGUGUGGAUGGACAGAAUGGAAUUCACAGUCAGGAGAGGACGACUGUGCUUGUCGAUGGUGGUGAGAAUGGUGCGCAGGUGGGGCUAUCGCAAAUGGAGCAGCUGGUGCCGGAUCUAAGACUGCAUGCUCUCAGCUUCUUAGAUUACUCAAGUGUCUGCCGUCUCUCCAUGACGAAUUCACUCCUGUAUAGAGCUGCCAAUGAGGAGAUUUUGUGGAAAACAAUCUAUCUUAAGGAUUUCUCGUUGGAGCAAGCUAAUGUUACGCCAGCCAAUGGAUGGAAAGCUUAUUAUGCAGCUACUUUAGCUAUUGUUAACAUCAACGCUGAGUUUUUUAGGAUAGUUAAAGAAAGGUCACAUACUGCUAUGUCCCAGUUUUGGCUCAAUGCAGGUUAUGUCAAAUGCUUCCUUGCUACUGGCGAGUCUUUUACUGGUUACAAUCAAGUCAUGGAGAGCUGGCGUGCGACAUUUAACCAGGAGAAUGCUAAUUAUUUCCAGAUACGAGAUGUAAGGACUCAUGUCCUAACAGAUAUGGCUUGGGUUACCGUGAAAGCUUAUUCCAACAUGGAGAGAGCAUACAAUGUGACCAACAUUUAUGAACUCUGUGACGGUAGGUGGUAUAUGGUGCACCAUCAUAGCUUAGCAGCUCUCAUCCACGGAGGAGCAGAUCAACAAUUUUUGUAGAGAUAAGGAAACGCCCUUGCCAAGGAUUUUCAAGGAAAGGGUAAAGUGUUUACAUUCUUUGUUUGAGAUUACAUAAAACUUCAAAAAUUUCUUGGGUGAUUCUAGUUUUUCUUUUAACAAAUGAUUCAUUACCUCAAGUUUUGCAUAUGUGGCAUUGUGGCAAGAUGUGUGUAUUUAGGUUUUUUGAUUUCACAAGUAUCUCUUCUCAAAAUAUAUGCACAGCACAAUGCAUGCACAUAUGGAGUUUCCUACCCCCUCCCCCUGUCAAGAUUCUCUUGCCUACAAUUGGUGUGACUUUCCAUCCAUGAUGUGUUUGGAAUCUUUAGAAAAUUGAUUUACAUUUCUUUUAUAAAAUCGCCGUUCUAUUUUUCCAAACUUUCCAAACACAGAAUGAAAGAUGGAUUAGACUACUAUGUUGAAUCUCGCGUGACUGACAUGCGACUGGAAUGCGCUAUGACUUAAUGAAUCUGGAAAUGUGGCCUUAAGCUAUGUUGUUAUUUUUGGCAAUUUAUUCUGGAGGAUUUUAUCUGGGGAAAUUGAUGUUUUGGGUAGUGGAUUACUAUAUUCUAUAGGAAACGUGGUACACAUCGCGUAUUAACAUGUACAUUUUGAAUGUAAAUGAUGUGAAUUUUGUUUUGGGAACUAUUGGUACUCCCUCCGUCCCACUCAUGAUG